UAUUGAGCGUUGUGUGGGGAACAGUUUCACUCUUCGAGGGCAAGUGUUAGAGACGGUUCUGUGUCUGCUUGAAGUGUGCUGGUAAUUGUAAGCAAUAUGAAGGGCAUGAAGUGUGCUGUUUUCCUGCUUCUGGCGAUCGCCCUUGUGGAUUGCUUUCCACGUGAACGUGACGUUGAAACAGUAGAGGAUGAUCCAGAUGACAUUCCUCUGCCUUCUGUACCUGCAAUAGCUGUCCCUGCUAAUCCAGGAUUUGCAUAUGUACCAAAUUUUUAUGGCUUCUUCCCUGACUUUGAUUUGAUCACAAGAAUCAAAGGCCUAGUAUCACGACUAAGGACUCAGAUUGGCGAUUCAUUCAGUAACUUCGAUUGGAAUAAGGGCAACACAACAUCAACAACAAAGGUGAUCGAUGGUCAUGUAGUGACAGUCAAUGAAACGUCAAUCAAGGAUGAUGACUCGGACUUGGUACUUCAUGUGAAAGUUAUUGAUGUAAAGCCUACAGAAGGUGCUGAUGAAUCAGAAGAGAGUUCUGAGUCUUCAGAAACUACAACUCCAAAGAGCAAUGGUAAUGAAGCUACAGGCAGCGAGGAAAGUCUUGGCAAUGAGAUCCCUAAGCAGCCAGAGGAAGGAGUAGCUGAGUCACUAGACUACAUUUCUGAAGAAAGCAGAGAACACCUUGUUGAAACUCGUGGAAACCCUCCUUCCAGUUACUCCAUAGAUGAAGUGGACCCAAUUAAUGAAGUGGAUAAUUCAGUUGAUGAACUGUAUGAACAUAGUAAUGAUUCUACCUAA